AUGAGUGAAAAAAGAAAGUACUGUGGACAUUGUCAAGAGUUUGUUACGCUAAGAACAUAUCGUACGCACGAAAAGCUAUUUUUUAUCAAAGAAACAGGUAUUUGGAAAACAUGUGUCGUUUCUUCGGAUGAAGAAGAUGAACACUCCAUUCGAGAUGAUAUUAAUGAUAGUUCCCAAGACGAAUGUGAAGGAAAGUUCCCUAAAGACAAAGGAGACGACGUUGGUUCGGAUUGCUUUCAUGAAUCCGAUUGUCAAUCCAGUGUUUGUUCAGAUGAUGAUGACUCGUCAGAUUCAGAGUGGUUGUAUAAAGAGCGUGUAUUUCCAAUUAACCCAGAAAUUUGGGAGAUUUCUGAAGAGGAUAUCAAUGUUGACUUUGAGAGAAACUCUAUACCACAUGUUUCCAACGAUCUUAAAGGUAAUGCAUCUAAUCCAGUAAAGAAUAUUUUGCGUUGGGCACUUGUAUUUUUGUCUAUAUGGGCUGCCCAUUGCAAAAUUUCAGAAACUGCACUGGAGUUGCUAUUGUCAUUUCUUCAUCGUUGGUUUACUGUUUUGGGGACAAUCUUUCCACCGUUUGCUGUUUUUAUAUCUUUUCCAACUACUAUAUCAUCGCUACGUACAUAUCUUGGCAUUGAAAAAGACAGCUUUACCAAAUACGUUGUCUGUAACAAAUGUUCCAGUUUAUAUUCAUUUCACGACUGCUACGAGUUAAAGUAUGGCAAAAAAGUGACCAAAAAAUGUCAGUUUAUUUCAUUUCCUCAUCAUCGCCAAGUUCACCGCAGGCAGCGUUGUAACGUGCCGCUAUUAAGAGAAGUUGUGUUAAAGAACGGAAAGUGCCAUUUGUACCCAUUCAAAAUAUUUUGCUAUAAAAGUAUAUCGGAAACACUGAAGAAUAUGAUAAGCAGAAAUGGAUUUCUCCAGAAGUGUGAACUGUGGAGAAGUAGAGAAGUUCCUAAUGGUUUUCUAGCUGAUGUUUUUGAUGGACGUGUUUGGCGAGAGUGGCAAUUCGUUGAAGGUAAACCUUUCUUAGCUGCCCCUGAUAACUAUGCUUUGAUGCUUAACGUGGACUGGUUUCAGCCAUUCAAACAUUCCGUCUACAGCGUUGGGGCCAUGUAUUUGGUUAUAAUGAACUUACCCAGGAGCGAGAGAUUUAAGCCUGAAAAUGUCCUGUUGGUAGGUCUGAUUCCAGGUCCUAAAGAACCAUCGUUGAACAUAAAUACGUACCUCAAGCCCAUGGUGACAGAACUAAAUUUGUUAUGGACGGACGGUAUAAAUAUUAACUCUGAAAUUUGCAUUCGUGCUGCCUUAUUGUGUAUAGCGUGCGAUCUACCUGCCGUUCGAAAAGUGUGUGGAUUUACUGGUCAUGGGGCCCGCAAUGGAUGCUCCAAGUGCAAGAAAGCAUUUCUUGGGGUAGUAGGGAAAAUGGAUUUUUCUGGGUUUGAACCUUCCCCGCCUAGAAAGAAUGCUGAGCAUCGACAACAAGCUCAAGAAGUGCUUAACCAGACAAGUAUGACCGAUCAAGCUGCAGCUGAACAGCGUUAUGGCACAAGGUUCACGGAGCUUAUGAUGUUGCCUUAUUUUGAUUGCGUACGGUAUCAUGUUGUCGAUCCAAUGCACAACCUGUUUCUGGGAACUUCCAAGCAUUUAAUGAAGAAUAUUUGGUUGCAAGGCGAAACACCACUUAUUGAAAGGAAGGAUCUUAUGAACAUCCAGAAAAAGUUGGAUACGAUCAAAGCACCGUCAUCUAUUGGUAGAAUGCCUAAGAAAAUCGAAAAUAGUUAUGGCGGAUUUACCGCUGAUCAGUGGAAAACGUGGACAAUUCUCUUUUCAGUGUUUAGUCUUUGGAAUGUAUUACCAGAUGAGCAUCUCAAAUUAUGGCAUGAUUUUGUUAUGGCUUGCAUCUUGUAUUGUGCUCCUGUCAUCACAGAAGGAAGAGCAGAAGUGGGACACUCGCACAUUUUAAAAUUCUGCAAGGGCUUUGAAAAUCUUUAUGGAAAAGAGAAGGUCACGCCAAACAUGCAUAUGCACACCCACAUUCUCGACUGCAUUUUGGAUUACGGACCUGUAUAUUCGUUUUGGCUAUUCAGUUUUGAGCGGUACAAUGGUCUUUUGGGCGAAAUUGUUACCAAUCAGAGGUCAGUAGAAGUACAGUUAAUGAGAAAGUUUACGUCCGAACAGUUCGUAAGAAACUUGGAGCUGCCAGUUCAAUUUGGUGAUUCGUUUUUACCUAUAUUUGAAAAACUAAAUAUUAAGAACACUGGAACGCUUGCCUCUGAGCUGGAAGACAUGAAAACAAAAGAAGUGAUAGAGACUAGUAUGCUUGCCAUUGGUCCUGUCCGAAAGAACGACUCACGAUGGAGAAUCGAUGAAAGGAAGACUGUGUAUGAACUGCGUUGUCCCUAUUCCUUAGAAAGCUUGGACGCAGAGGAUCUUGCCUUAAUCACAAGGGUGUAUAUGGAAAUAUUUGAUGGACUAAACGUAGAAUCAGUUACCACACACUUUAAUCGUUAUGCUGGUGUCUUUUUCGCGGGGGAAUAUUUUGGGUCUCUGAACUCCCGGGGAGAGAGAUCAUGUUACAUAAUGGCUAGAUGGUGCAGUCUUGGUGGGGUCAUUGAUAAAGCGGGUACGGAUCUUAGACCAGGUGUUAUUGACUAUAUUCUUGAGCAGAGUAUAGAGGUUAACGAUAAUCGCGUGAAAUGUAUACUUGCGGCCGUAAGAUGGUUUUCAGUACAUCCCCAAAGACAUAAAUUGGGAUCCCCAACUGAAGUAUGGUGCAGAAAUGUCUGGGAGUUAGAUGGCUGUGCAAGUUUUAUUCCAGUGCAAAGGAUCUUUUGUAGGUUUUUCCUUGUUUAUGAUGUUGUUGACGGAGAGAGAGUUUUAAUUGUGUGCCCAGUUCCGCGCAAGUUUCAGUGUUGA